AUGGCUCGUGUAGCCUCGCUCCUCGCUAUCCUCCUCGUCGCCUUACCUCUGGCCUUCGCAGCCGAGCGUCUCCCUCCCGGCCAGUAUCCCUGCCCAACAUUCGAGGCUAUCAGCACAUGUCCCGACGCCGCCACUGCUCCGGAUCUCGCAGAGCAUCCCUCCGUGCAGUUCGGCCAGAUCAUCGAGACGAACCUUCGCGGUGACCUCACCCGUACCGCUGGCUACGCCGGUAUGACCCCCAAGGACUGCUGCGAGAAGGUUGACGGCUCUGGCUUCUGGACGUGGUCCGCUGACUCGAGCGACCAGGAAUACGGUUGGUGCGACAUCUGGCAGAGCAAUGCCUGCGUCAGGGCUGGCAGUGAGCAAGGAAAGGUGUUCGACUCUAACCCCGCCUUCGCAUACACCUUCCUCAAGGUCGCUUAA